AUGGCGACGGGUUACGACAAGCUGUUGGAAUUUCUGCUCUCAGAAAUUGCACUCCGCGGCGUACAAGGUGCUAGCAGUGCAGACUUUCGUCACUUUAUUGAAGUCUUCUACAAACAAGUCGUCGACAAUGGCGAGCCUAAAACCGGCGGUAAUGGCAACAAGGAUGUCCCAUCAACUGGGCUUGGCCGCGCGUUCUAUGAGCGUCUAUGGCAGUGGCUCACUGAUCAUCCCGACAUUCGCAUAGUCUACCAGCAGGAGGUUCGUCAUUUCACGCUUUCCGAAUUUGAAGCGGCUGAGCUACACGAGACCGGUACGAUCGGAGAGACGCAUUCAACAGACCUAGGCCAGCCAUCCACCAAUAACGUCAAAGGCAUAGUGCAGCCUUCCAAAGGUCUUUGCGGGUUGAGAGACUCUCUGCGCCAACGCAUCCUCGAAAAUGGACACAAUUCGAAAGAACUCGUGGCUCGGUCGUCCGAGACUCUAGCUCUUACAACUUUAUCAAGGCCAAUUCGCAACCUACCAAGCGGUCUGUCUCACAUCACGGCAGUCUUCGAUGAACCCGACUCCAGUAUCACUGCUCCUCGCUUGUAUGCCAGCCAAAGCAGAGUAUGGCAGGCGUUGACAGGCCACGGUAUCGAUCUGAAGAAGGUUCCUAGCAUGGAAUUCGUGUUGCUUUCUCUCAUUGCUGCUCGCGGAGCGGCUGGCAUCACACAACCUGAACUGAUCAACAUCAGCGGCCAAGAUAAGAGAUCUGUCCCAAAAAGGACGGAUGAGUUGGCUCGCAAGAACUACAUUGCCAAGAUAUCUGUUCAAGCAAACAAGAUGCGCACCAGUCUUUGCAUUCACGCGAAGUUUGUUUCCCAGAACACCUUCAUCAAGUCUAGUGCCAUGGAAGACGUGUAUCAAGAGGACGGCACAUUCGUGGUUAGGAACUUCGCUCAACUACUGUACAACGUUGUUGGCGAAGGUGGUAUCGUCCCUACGCGAUCAAUCAGGGAGAGGCUAGAGGUACCCAUGACUAGAUGGAACAAGCGUGCUACUCAGGGCGCACUCAUCCGACUCGAUCAAAGCGGAAUGAUCAAGCGACGUAGAGUUCUUAAGAAGGCUUCUUCCGACAAGUGGAUUACUUGCAUUCAGGUGCUGCGCGAACCCCAGGAGGAGGAUCUCAAGAACCUUGGCUUUCGACGCGUAGCUGAGCUUCCCAAUGGUUCAGUGGACGAGCUUCCAGAUGAGGAUAUCACUGGCGAAUCGUUGUUGAAGGAUCUCGAUGCAGACAUGCCAGAUGAUGCAAACGCCAACGUGGACAAUCAGGUCAAUGCUAAGUCCGCUGUUGAUCAAACCGACAACAUUCCCCCUCAGUGGAUACCUGACCGCUUCCUCCCCAACACCAUCUUCAAUGCCGCAGCGCUGGGCGGUGUUCAAGGCUGGGACGCUGAGGCUCUGCGCAAUCGGAUCGUCGGGCCUUUCUGGAGGCGCCCAAUCGAGUCAUAUUUCACUCGUGUGACGAAUGACUGGGAGAAGACACAGCCUUUUCAUCUACGACAUCUUGCAGUCAUCCGAGACGCGGGUACUACCAAGCCAAAAAAGUUCAUUCACUACGUCUAUCGUACAUAUGAGAAUUUCCAGAAGGCCGUUGAUACUGACAUGGCUGUUUGGGACGGUGUUGCAGUGCCUCAGGAACCAACGAAGAGUUCAGAUAACGAACUUGUCCUAGAUGCGUGGGGUUUUCCAACUGUCAGUACAGGAGAGCUGGUCCGGGAGACCGGUUCGGCAACACUAUCUGAAGCUGGUUCGGCCAUUGUGAAACCGCGCAAAAAUGGUCCGCGAUGGGAUAAUGCACUCGCAGAGGAGGCCGGCUACAAGAAACUCGCAACGUCCAUUCUGAAAGCCAAAACACCGGGUGCAGUAGGCCGAACUAAGAAGCAGAAAGUUGUCAAGGAGAAGCAUGUCCGGAUACCUAAGGCCCCCAAAGAGUCUAGGAAGCGUCCCACUAUCUUGCUAACACCCCAGGAAAAGAUGUCGCUAGGGCUCGAUGGCGAUGCUCGAUUGAGCAAAAGCGUCCAGGCUCAAAUCCUUGCUCAUCGCCAGAAAACGGGUGAUCCGUCCUCUUUACCCGAAGCGAUUUUGGAUGAUCGAGCGAAGCGCCAAUUAGCUCAGCCGCUGCUGACACUAGAAGAGCGGUUGGCCAGAGGUUUGGCACCAAAAGGACGCUUGGGUAUUGUGGCGGAGAACGAGAUUCGAGCAGAGCGCGGAUUACCUCAGCUCGUGAAGAAAGAGAAGAAGCGAGUAACGAAGGCGACAAACGAGCCUACUGUUCUGAGCAAGUCCCAGAGGAUAGCUUUGGGUUGGACAGACCAUGGUCGGUUGCCAGACGCGAUCAUAGAUGGCCUACGAAAAGAGCGCGAAGAUGGCAUCUCUUUGAAAGAUUCCAAAGUCAUUGCGAGCUGGGACGCGGAAAUGAAGGCCCGGAAGAUCGAGAAGGACAGGAAAAAGGGUACCAAAUCUACCCCGAAGCAAGCGACCCCAACAGAAGAUCACGACGUAUCCAUGGAUAAUCCUGAGGCUGAAUAUGUGCCUGAUGUUGCCAUUGCGGAACCCGAGGCUGAGACGCUGUCUUCCAACAUCGUCGCAGGAAAGCGGAGCGCGAAAGAUUCCACCGUCACUCCAAGGACAUCAAAGAGGCGACGUACCAAAGAGACUGUGACACACAGGUCAAGCUCAAGGUCCGUGGCAUCAAUGUCUCCCUCGCCCACUGAUGUCACAAGUCCGCCUGGGAACGAUAUUUCAAUGGUCUGUCCUAAUGAAAACAGUACCGAUGUUACCAGCCAAUCAACUUCGGCAGAAGUUACCCAGUCUAUCCAGGCAACGCCUCUGCCAGUCGAGGAUUCUAUCAUCCCAAGCGUAGAAGUCAGGCAGUCUUCACGACCUUUGACGAAGAUAUAUGUUCAGCUCGAUACCUCAAAACUGGACGCUCAUGCUCGAACAGUCUUCGAUCAGUACGAGAAACGAUGCUCUCCGGGUCUCUUUCUCAACCCCUAUAUGAAGCAGAAGGUUGCUCGGGGUCGACCACGCAAGGCUCUGAUAGCCACCUUCAAGCUACCUCAUCUAGCGGACCUUGAAUGGUUUACGUCUGAACUAGUUCAGAAUCACGCCGCACAUGAAUCUGAUGCUACUGGAACUCCUGAAGCUGGACGAACCGUCGUUGCUCAGCAGGAUGAGAAGGUGGUUGUACCACAUCAAGGUUCUUCAGCCGAAACACCACUGGAAUCACAUGGGCAAGCGCAGUCACCGAUCAACUCCGAAACUUCUCAAUCGCAACAAAUGUCUCUAGCUGAAACACGUUUACCAUCAUUGGCGCAACCUCACUCCUCGAAUGUGAUGGAGCGACAGGAGGGUGUCUCGAAUCACGAAGUGUCAUCUCUCACCACCAAGAACUCAACCUCAACAGAGAGCGAAGUAUUGCAAGCCGGCAACGAGGUUAACAGAAAAGAGGUGGUCUCGUCCGUACCAGAAUCAACGGUUGCUGAAGACACUGCUGCCAAACCGGCUACGGCUACAAGUUCUACGACUGUUGAACAGCAGGGCAACGAUCUCCCCGGAUUUGCACAAAGGCAGUCACCACAAUCAGUUGCAUUAACACCACGGAUGGUGGGCGGCUGGGCUCCCAUCAAUGCGACUGAGCGCCCCCACAUGGCACCGUAUCAGAGCCCUUAUGCUGCCAGUGUAGGCGUGGAAGUUCAUUCAUCAUCAAAUACUCUGACCACUACUCGAACCGUUGAAGAAACAGUUGUCAGCACCACCGAGCCGCCGCUUCCCACCUCUGAGACCAAUAAUGGUGUCUCUCUUCCCAAAACUAUUCACAGUGCCAUCGUAGAGACUCCAGCACCUAGUAUACCGGGCACCAAACCUAGGAGAGCACAGGCUGGUGGUAUUGCAGGAACUCAACGUACAUUGAGGCAGAAGCUCAUUCUCGAGAUCAUCAAGAAAUGCCAUGGUGUUUUCCCAGGCGGUGGUGAGAUGCCCAGACCGUUCCUUACGCUUUGGAAAAAGAAGUAUCCAAAUCUCCCGGAGCCUUCUCCUAGCACCAUUACCGAAACGCUCAGAAAUAUGUCUGCAGACCCGAAGUUCAAGCUAAAGCAUUGGAAUUUCGCCUCACAGCACAAGAACAUGCCAGGUACUGCAACGAGAAGAAUGUAUACAUGGGCAUGGCUGAACGAGAGAAGCCCUGAAGUCCUCAAGCUGGCGCACAACAUGGCGCAAUACUCUCAACAAAAGGCCUACGUUCACCGUGUGUCGGAGAAGUCGCUGCUGUACUACCCAGAGGAGAUCCGUGAUCUGAUCGGCGAGGUCGUGUCAUACCAACCGAUUCAGGCUGCUCCCAAGGACGAAAGCAUCAUUCUGAACCAACUAAAUCCCGAGCUCGAAAAGCAGAUCACUGAAGCCAAGCUUCGAAAGCGCAGCGUAUGGCAGAAACAGAAGAGGCUGGAAGCUAAAGCUCGCAAGGCGCAGAACGCUCAGGUAGAACAAGCGUCUUUUAAACAGGUUGGAGAUAGCAGCGGUGCACCACGUACAAAGCGGGCGCGACUUGCUAGCUUAAACGACAAGAGCAAGAAGCUACGUCGGGCUCCUCUAUAUACUGCCAACAUGGGAGCUCUCGAUGAAGAUUCCGACGAUAUGGCAGAUGAUGAACCUGCCGCUGCCACGGCCGCGAAAUCUGGACAGCUCUCGCUCAUCUGGACACGACCCAUCGUCGCACCCGUUCCAGAACGCGAACAACUUUCCGAUGAGGAGCCGCCUGAAGAUGACGAGAGCGACGACGAAGCAACUGACUGGGUCGCGCAACAGGUCCAAAGCAGCGCUGUCGAUGAACCGACUUCGUUGUCUACAGGCCAGCCCAUGACCGAGGAGUCCUCCAGCAAUGUGACAGCCGUGGAGUCUGACUCUACCGGGGCUAACAAUGGUGUUCCUCUGGCUUCUAGUAAGAAGUCUGUGGAUGGACCUGCUGCUGUGAACAAGGGCAAGAAGCGCGUACGAAUCCUAGCUCCACGCGAUCAGUCAUCCAGGAAGAGGACUCGUGUUACCACAGCAACAUCUAUGGAAACACAAGGGGCGGGAUCUACCUACCAAUCUAGCACGGAUGAUGAUACACGAUCUGCUUCAGAGUUGGAAGACGAGUCUGAGGGUAGUGAUAAUGUUGUACAUUCCAACACGAAAAAGGGAAGGAUAAGAAACUUCAAUGGACGGCAGAGAGGCAAGCCAGGCCCUCCUCCAACUCUACUUGAACGCCUUACUGGCUUGACUGGUGAUCAGAACGAUCCGAUAUACCAGCCCCCGCAGCGUGCACCUAGGCCUGGGAGAUCACCCCGGUCACGGAACGAGCGGAAGAGGAAACGCAUCAACAGGUUCAAGAAGGAACGACAGUAUGCUCAGGCUGCGGACUCGCUGGAUGAUUUCAAGAAGCUUUUCUACACCUUCACAGUUGUCUCUUCUCUAUCUGGAGGAGAAGGGCAGAUCGAUUGGAGCCUUUUCAAGAGGAUAUACGACAGCGACAGGUUCUUCGAUGUGGCAAAGGCCCGGAAGCUUUGGGGCUGGAUGCAGACGCACAUGUCUGAGCAAGUUUGUGAGCUUACCACGACGUUCCAGUCACUUUAUCUUGAAGCGUACGAAACGGGCAAAGUUGCAGCUAUUGAGACUCCUGAGACGCACGACUGGGCGGGCCUCGUACGAUGGGCUAUGCGCAAGUGUGCCUAUCCCGACCUUCCUCUCCCAGUCUUGAGGCAAGCCCUGCAACAGUUCACUGUUGAUGAGUCAAACUACGAGAUUAUGGAUAGGGUACUAUGGUACAAAGCUGCAACGGCAGACCGGACGAGGACAAUGCUUCAGCUACAACAGUCCUUCACUGCUCCUCUCCAUCGAUCGCGCAAGGCAAUCUGGUCGCCUGACGACAAGCUUCUCAAGGCACGAUCCUGGGUUCGUGCGAACACAGCUACACCACAGGCACUGUAUGACGCGAACCUGGCGCACGAGAAGUUCAAAGACAUUGGCGAAACUGUACUUGUCAACGUUGUGGGUGAUCUUGUAGACAAGCAGCAUCUCAGGAUGCGCAAGCUCAAGCGCCUUCUGCCCGGCCGUAAUUACAAUUUCACGCAAGCCUUAGCGAAGAAAUACGUGCGCUUGUUGCAGCUUGACGACUUUAUGAACGCUGUCGAAGUCAAGAAAAAGAUGGAUGCUGCGUUUGCAGACCAGGAUCCAGGGCAGAGGCUUUACAAUAUGUCGCGCUGCGAAGAAGAUGGUGCUUUUGCGGCAAUCAUGACCAUGGUAAACGAGGGAAUGGUCAAGCUAUCUCCUCAGCUACCGCCUGUCAACAACGACUUCGACGCCUCGCUCCCAAAGCUGUCCGUCUGGGGCUUUUGCGAGGGUGGUUACAAUCACCGAGCCAUAGAUCGAGGCCGGUUAUUCUGGGACAUUCACGUCGUACCAACAGCAAACUACAAGUUUGGCAACCCACUGCAACCGCUGUCAAUUCCGCCCUCGACUAUGGAUGACGAUGAGCCUGCAGUUUGGCCGGCCCUGCCUGAGCCGCCGCUUCCCGGUAAACUCGAUGCUGGCGCGCUACUACCUAUCUGGAGCAGUAUCGACGGCCAAUCAGUUACAUGGCCGUGGUGGUAUAGGGUAUUGAACUUGGUGCUACAGCCUUUGAUAUUCUUAGCUGGCGCAACUGCUGCUGAUAUUCACUCCCACUGCCCUGAGCACACCACCGAGCUCUUCGAGAUCGAGCUUGUCCUAGACUGGCUUGAGUCCAUCAACGCAGUCACUAAGACGGUUGGCGGCGGCUACAUUACCCUUCCCGGCUUUUGGGCUGCAUUUGGCGACCAAUUGCACGAUACAGAAGAUGACUGGUUUGGCGAGCAUGUCAAGCGUAAAGCGAAGAACCACGAAAAACAGCGUUGGCGUGUCGAUUACAACUUGAGACACUCAACACUACAAGCGCGCAAAGCGACUGGCGCUGGCACUACUCUCGCUGAGGAAGAAGGCGAUGCAAAUAUUCAGGAAGUUGGCGCCGUGGAGACGAGCACGAGUCGCGAAAUUCUCAAGAACCCAAAACAACAAUACAGGAUCAUGAACCAAGCCCUCAACUCUGAGCAAUCUCAUACGGAAGAUAAGCGGUCAGAUACUAGACCCGCUUCCGGCUCUGCGGCCCCACAAACCGAACAAGGUCCCGUUCCAGACCCGACGGCAAGCAAUUCUCAUACUGCUGAGGUCACGGGCACGUCAAGUGAGGACGUGGAGAUGGCUGACGCGGACUCGGAUGUGGAUGCUGAAGGCGAGGUGGAUACUGAUGCUGAAGGAGAGAUUGACGCUGAAGGAGAGAUCGAUGAUGGCAUAUAUUGA